UUAUCUCAUGAAGUUCGGCUACUUGCCGCAGACCGACGUGGAGACGGGCAAUCUACGGACAGAGGAUCAACUCAGGGAUGCCAUAAAAAAUCUGCAGAAAUUCGGCGGUAUCCCCGUGACGGGCGAGAUCGAUGAGGCGACGCAGAAACUAAUGAAGGCGAGGAGAUGCGGACUACCAGAUCAGCCGGAUCCUAGAUUCGGGAGGACGAGACACAAGCGUUUCACCAUUCACGGGCAGCAGUGGUCGCAUCGGAAUCUCACCUGGAGCCUGAGAUCCGAGCAGCCCAGUGGCCUGGAUACAGGCGGAGUCCGACUGGAGCUGAGCAAGGCCCUCGACCUCUGGGCCAGGAAUUCCAGGCUGACCUUCCGGGAGAUUAACAGCGACCACGCUGACAUUUUGAUCUACUUCCGUCGGGGUUAUCACGGAGAUGGAUAUCCAUUCGAUGGCAGAGGUCAGAUCCUGGCGCACGCGUUCUUCCCGGGCAAGGACCGCGGCGGGGACGCACACUUCGACGAGGAGGAGAUAUGGUUGUUGCAGGACGACACUAACGAGGACGGCACCAGCUUGUUCGCGGUGGCCGCUCAUGAAUUCGGCCAUUCCCUGGGACUGGCGCAUAGCUCGGUCCAGGGAGCUCUCAUGUAUCCCUGGUACCAAGGACUGAGCCCCAACUAUGAGCUGCCGGAGGACGACCGGCACGGGAUUCAGCAGAUGUACGGCGCUCCCGAGGGGAAGCUCUGGGCUAGUAUACCAGGUGGUCCGCUACCUCCGGAAAGACCACCACCGCCGACGACAACGACGACGUUCGUCCCGACGACGUCCAGGCCUUGGAGGACCAGGCCUCCCACCAGGCCCAAUCAUUAUCCAGAUGACGGCAGACCUCGACCACCACUGGGCCGUUAUCCGCAAAAGCCGGACUAUCGGCCGCGCAAACCGCACCGGCACCAUACGACGACGAUGACGACGACGACGAUGCGACCGACACCGAGAUUCAGGCAUCGGUGGACCCCGUUGCAACGGGAUGACGUGCCCGACAAGUGUGACACCAGCUACGACGCAAUCAGCAUCAUCCGCAGGGAAGUCUUCGUCUUCAAGGGACGGUAUUUAUGGAGAAUAGGCGAGCAAGGUAUUUAUGAGGGAUACCCAGCGGAGAUUGUUAGGCUGUUCAACCUGCCGUUAGACAUUGACCACGUGGACGCUGUCUACGAGCGGCCGGACAAGAAGAUAGUCUUUUUCAUCGGUCGCGAGUACUACGUCUUCAACGCCAACAUCCUGGAGGCGGGUUACCCGAAGCCAUUGACUAAUCUGGGGCUACCGGCUGUUUUGGAGAAGAUUGACGGUGCCAUGGUGUGGGGUCACAACGGCAGGACCUACUUCUUCAGUGGCUCCAUGUACUGGAGGUUCGAUGAAACUGUCAAUUACGUGGAGCUGGAUUAUCCCAGGGACAUAAGCAUGUUCGCCGGCGUUGGAAACGACAUCGAUGCCGUGUUUCAAUGGAAGAACGGUAAGACGUACUUCUUCAAAGGCAAGGGCUUCUGGGAAUUUGAUGACCUUAGGAUGAAGGUGGCUCACGAGAAGCAGAAGCUCUCGGCACCGGUUUGGAUGGGCUGUCCGCCAGUAGUAGAGACCAACGACAUCGAGACCAAUCUGCCCAGGAAAUCGUUGAUUGUCAUCUUACCUUCCACCGCGAAUGCAGUCACUCCGAUAUUCGCAAUGGUCGUCAUGAGUUUCUUCACAAGGAUACUAUUGCCGCUGUAACGCGCGUAUCCUUUCAGCCGACUACGCGACGGGGUAUCACACCUUUACACAGGGAGAUUUUGCGCGCGUGUACGAACGUCAAACAAGCUAAUCGGAUUUUAACGUCGGAGGGUCGUCGAUGGGUCGACGAGCGGGGCACGAGAAGGCGCGACUGCCCUCGCUGGUCGACGGAUUGAGCGAGAUUUCGAAGGAGAGAUCGCUCGCAUAGCGCGACGCACGCGACGUCGCAUCCUCGAGAUUUCCCCGCCGAUUCUCCACACGAAGAUUACACGGUUCGAAGAAAGCUCUGCGGAUGAUAUCGAGCCACCUUUUUUUUUUGCGGUGCGCCUCUAAGGAGAGGAUUUUUUUCUUCGCGAAAUGAAAGACGUCAACCAAAUUAUCUCGGAAUUCUAUUGACGAUAUCAUAAAAUAAGGUCGGAAAGGUACGGCAACUAAAAUCGUAGCUAAUUUGAAUGAACGUAAGAUAUGCUCCGCUCUUUGAUAAAUUGAACCAACGAUAUAUGUUGGUGCGGGGAUUUUUGCGGAUUUCUCAUGAUCUAAAAUUCUAAGAAAGCCUAAAAUCGAAAGUUUCUCUUUCGCGAGAAUUCCGCAACAGCCCAACAAGGAUUGGCCUUUCUUCUGUGUAUGAUCUAGGUCCGAGUCAUCUCUAUUUACCGGACAAAGUUGCGCUGCCGCACGCAUAUUUUUGUACACUGUCUUUUUACACGGCUGCAUUUACGAUGUACGAUUUUAACUUAAGACAUAAUUUAUAUAGGUGGACGAAUCCUUACUAUCCUAACGAUUAACGAACCAACCACUGCCAAAAGAAUCCAUCCAACAUUUCGAUAUUCCUUUUACAGUUUACAAUUUUACAAUCGAGAUAGAGAUCCCCGCUGUUAUCCUUUUCAAGGAUAUUAAAGCCACCGAUAAGGAUGCUCCUUUAAUCGUCCUUCCAUAAACGCGAAGCGAUCACUCGAAAGGGAAUUUCUAGGCGAUAAGAUAAUCCACGACAGAGCACGUAUUUUAUAUAGAUAUUGUAUUAAUUGAUAUCGCAUUAAUUUAGCAGAAGAGGACACGGGCAACGUGUCGCCAGUUUUAUAAACUGUGAUAUUUAUAUACCGCGCGGUCGACCUAGCUAGCAUAAUAAUAUCAAAGAGUGUAGCGCAAAAAAAUAAAAUACAAAAGUAUAUUGCAAUAAAUUCGAUCUUGCAGAUCUAUAUACGGCGUUGUUUUUCCGAAAUGCAUGGACGAACUGCGCGAGCAUUGGCCUUUCGAUCGAUUUUCUUCUCGUCGAAAGAUAAAAAAAAUGCCGAUGAUCUCUACCAAUUAAGCUUUCGCAAAAAGAUCAGAUCCAUAUAUCAUCCAAAUCUCACGCCUGCGUAAAGUUUAUCCAAGCAUUUCCAUGUACUCACCCCGUAUAUACGUGUGUUAUGAAUAAUUAUAUAAUGAUUAUACAUUAAGGUCGCGCGUGUCACUGAAUUAAUCGCGUGUCCGUUGAAACAGACGGAUGCAAAUUUAUAUAUAAAUAAUAUUUCGGUUAUAUCGAUUUCUUUUUGGUUGAAUAUCUUUAUCACGGGGAAAGUGCAUCCGGGCAAGAUUAUCUCGCGCGGUCCAAUCGAGAGGACCGAGACAAGAAGACUCAGUGUUCGUCUCGCCAGCCCUUCGUUUAUUCCAAACUUAAGGGAAAAUUAGCAUAAUGUGCCGAUUAUAUGCUGUAAUAUCAUACGAUAUAUCGUAAGAUCGUGCUUUAUAUGUGUAUAUACGGAAAUAAAAUGAUUUUACUGAA